GUUACCGUCCUCGAUCAAAAAAGUUUGGAGGUUCAAUUUCGAGGCUUAUAAGACGUCUAUCCCAUUUACGGAACUUCGAAAUCUUUAUUCGAUUUGAGAACCAUUCAUAAUGCCUGAAAACGACGCGCUUCCAUCACUGUCCUUCCCACCAGCCACCUUCAAAAAACUUCAUCCCCAGGAAUACCUCCGCCGCUUCACUACAUCCGAAGUCCGCGCCGACGGCCGCUCUCUCUGCGAAUUCCGCCCAACAACAGCCAAUGCCGGGUCUCUGAGCAACGCAUUCGGAUCAGCCGUCGUAAGGAUGGGGAAUACGACCGUGGUGUGUGGUGUUAAGGGUGAGAUUGCCGAACCGGAUGUGGAGAGACCGAGAGAGGGGUGGUUGGUGCCCAAUAUCGAGUUAACCCCCAUUUGCUCGACGAAAUUCAAGUACGGACCUCCGGGAGAUUUGGCGCAGUCAUUGGGCGAGAAGUUGGAUACGUUGGUUAAGGCGACGAAGGCCCUACCAUUGGACACGCUGUGUAUCGAGGAAGGAAAGGCUGCGUGGGUGUUGUACGCCGACAUCAUCUGCUUGAACUAUGAUGGGAAUGUUUUCGACGCGGCGUGGAUGGCGCUCAUGACUGCUUUGGAGGACACGAGAUUACCGGUGGCAAAGUGGGAUGAGGAUCGGGAACAUGCUGUGUGCAGUGAUACUGAGACAAGAAGGCUGGAUGUGGCAGGCAAGUGCUAUGCUUCGACGUUCGGGUUGUUCGAUGGACAAUAUCUGUUGGCGGAUAUGGACGACGACGAGGAGGAGUUGGUACAGGAGUCAGUGACAAUCGUGGUCAACAGCCAGGGAAGAUUAUGCAACAUCUCCAAGGGAGGAGGGAUGAACCUGAGCGUGGAGACGCUGCGAGAAUGUGUGGCGAUGGCGAAGAGACGGUAUGCGGAACUCGACGACGUCACUCAGAAAGCAAAGGCAUCAUAG